CAUCGAACUUUCUUCAUAAAUCAUUCUGUAAAAUAGAACAGAAAGAAAGAAAAGAUGUUGGUAUUAUCCCCUCCUUUGUUUUCCACAACCUAUCGAUGGCCUUUGGAGGAUUUCGUUACCCAAAAUCUUCAACAGGAUUGUCAUGAUAUUUCCUUAUCAGUUGAAGAAAAUGCAUACCCUUCACUUAUAAAUAUUCCUACAUUUGAUCAUACUCAGCAUGAUUUUGCACCAUCAAGUUCCAUUUCAUAUGGAGGAGCUGUAAACGGCGAUAUUGGUAACCCGAUAAAGGUUGCCAAAAAGCUCAACCACAAUGCUAGUGAAAGAGAUCGUCGUAAGAGGGUUAAUGAAUUGUAUGCAUUUCUUUGUUCACUGCUGCCCAUAUCAAGUGAUCAAAAGAAAAAAGUAAGCAUCCCCGGCAUUGUAUCACACGCGCUAAAAUACAUACCCAAACUGCAGAAGGAAGUGAAGACAUUGAUGCAUAAAAAAGAAAAGCUUUUAUCUUAUUCUUCACCAAAACAUCUGGACAUCAGGAAUCAUAGUGCUAAAGAAGCUAUGAUCCAAACUGUACCAUCAGUAGUUUCUUCUGUGAGUGUCUUAGAUGAGAAAGAAACUGUGAUCCAGCUGAUUUCCUCAACUGGUCAUAUGAACAAAAACAAGGAGAUUGACUUCUUGUCUAAGGCUUUGGAAUACUUAGAGGAGGUAUAUGGGCUUGUUUUGCUAAAUGCUACUACCUUUGAGUGGUAUGGAGACAAGAAGUUCUUAAACACAUUGCAUCUUCAGAUGCAAGGCGAUCAGAAAAUUGAAGCUGAAAAGUUGAAGGAGAAACUAUGCUCAUUCUACCAACAAUAUCAUGAACUUUCACUCUGAUUAGCAUCUGGUGCAGAGAAAUAUAGCUAGCAAUCAGAAAGCGUUAGUUUCUAACUCAAUAAUUGAGUUACAAACUAAAACCUUUUAAGGUGAUCAAGAAAGAGAUCACCAAGAGUGUAAAAAUCUAUUGAUCUGUAUAUACUAGAUGCUUGUGUUAGAGUUUCGGUUUAAAUGGUAUAGAUAUCGAUGUAGAGAACAUGGAAGGAUCGUGAAU